GAACGCAGACUUGUUAAGUCAGACACUCUUUCAUUUCUUUUUGGAAAAAGAAACAGCAGGGGACAUCUGAUCUGAGUCAUGUCUGGACUGAACGCAUCUCUCGGAUACUUCGUGGCUGUUGUGAUCUUUGCAGCCUCGGUUCGAACGCUCCUCAGAAAAUGGCCACGGUUUAGCUUCAUUUCGGAGUUUGCGUCCUCUUUCAUGCUGGUGGCAUGUUGGCUGGAGGUGCAGACCAUUGUGGAAGUAGGUGAGUGGGCCGGGGGCUUGGGUCCUGAUGUGACUCUGACCAUCCUGUUUGUGGUGUUGCUAACCCACGGCGUGAUCUGCGGUGCUGCAUCUGGGAAUCCCAGCCUGGUGAUGCUGAAGUUCCUGCAGCUGGAGACCACCACCCUUCCCACUCUCCUUGCUGUAGCAGCCCAGUUCCUUGGGGCCCACCUUGGCCUUCUUGUAGCAGUAUACUACUGGGGUCUGGAGCUGACAGACAUGCACAUGAUCAAAAACCUGAUGGCUAGAGAGUGCAGCACAUCCCUGCUGGUCUCUUUGUAUCAGGGGUUUUUCACAGAGUGUGUUUGCGCACUCAUCUUUCAUCUGAUCCAUCUAAACCUGCAACGCAGGCAUGCUUUGAUCCGGGUGCCCCUGGUCGCUGUCCUCCUCACUUUCCUGUCUCAUGCAGCCAGAGGUUACACUUCAGCUUACAUGAACCCAUCCUUGGCCUAUGGCCUCACCUUCCACUGUCCUGGAUUCACCUUGGCAGAGUAUGCAUUAGUCUACUGGCUGGGUCCUCUCACAGGCAUGAUGCUGGCUCUUCUCCUGUACAUGGGUCAUAUUCCAAGGAUUUUUGCCAAGAACCUUUUCUAUUUGCAGAAGACACGUUUCAGAGUGCCAAAGGGCGAAAAAGGAGACAAGAAGAAAAAGUGAAAGAGAUAUUUUUAUUUUCUUUUUAAGCCUUUUAGUAUCUAACAGCAGAUGAUUGAUGCUCAACAGUCACAUGCUUGUACAAAAAA